AUGCCCACAGCGGUCAAGGCAUCUCUGGACGGCGUGACUUGUGACUCGGGGGAUCUGGAGCUGUUGGACAGGGUGGAUCGGGCAGUGCCAACAGGUUUGGUGAAAGUGCCCAGAGAACUGGUGAGGAACUUCCCACACACCAAACGUGUCGGCAGCUACCUGGUGGGCAAAAUGAUCAACAAAGGCUCGUUUGCCAAAGUGAUGGAGGGCAUGCACAUCACCACCGGCGAGAAGGUGGCGAUUAAAGUGAUCGAUAAGAAGAAGGCCCGGCUGGACUCGUACGUGUCGAAAAACAUGAAGCGUGAGCCGAGGAUCCAUCAGAUGAUCCGUCAUCCCAACAUCGUCCUGCUGCUGGAGACGCUGGAGACCGAGAACUUCUACUACAUGGCCAUGGAGCUGUGUGCCGGUGGAGACCUGAUGGACAGGAUCUGUGAACGGAAGCGUCUGGAGGAGAGGGAGGUCCGGAGAUACACUCGCCAGAUCCUCUCGGCCGUGGAUCAUCUCCACAUGCACGGCAUCGUCCACAGGGAUUUGAAGAUUGAGAACUUCCUUCUGGAUGAACACAACAACAUUAAGGUCGUUGACUUUGGUCUCAGUAACACACUGAGGCUGGACUCUCUUUCCCUGGAGCUGCUGAACACUCAGUGUGGAAGUCCAGCGUACGCCGCUCCUGAACUUCUCGCACACAAGAAAUAUGGACCAAAGGUGGAUGUGUGGUCUGUGGGUGUGAGUACUUUCGCCAUGCUGACUGGUACACUUCCUUUCACUGUCGAUCCCUUUAACAUAAAGCACCUUCAUCAGAAAAUGAUUAACGGAGAAAUCAGCGCGAUCCCGUCUGACAUCAGUAAAGGUGCAGUUAGGUUUGUUUUGGCGUUGCUGGAGCCGGACCCAGUGAAGAGACCGAAUGUAAAAGCAGCACUGGAGGAGGGCUGGUUAAACGAAGGCUAUACCAAGAGACCCCUACACACCGUCACCUACAAGAACAGACUACGUCCAGAAGAUCUUAACUCAUCUGUGUUAAACUACAUGACUGAAUCUUUUGGCUACGACCUCUCAGACAUCGUGCACACUGUCGUCAACAAUAAACCUUCUUCUAUAUUAGCGACAUACCAACUCCUGCUGAAAAAACUCAUACAGCACCAGAAAGGAGCCAAAAACAUAAAGAGGUUCGAGACCAGCGAGUGGAACCUCCGAAAUAAGCCGGUGUGGAACGAGAGGAGCAACACGUCACAGAGGAGUCGACAACAGUCUCCUCAGAGAGAGACUAGCAACGACAGGAGUCAGAGACAGUCCAGUAAGACCCCAUCGCAGGACAGAGAUUCCAUCAGAAGGCCAGAUGAGACGAUCAGGCAAAGGCAGCCGAGUUCAGAGCAGAGAGCGAAUUCACCUUCAAAUCGUCCUGCUGAUGCAUUUACAGAUGAAGACGCUGAAGUCGACACAGAUACAAGAGAAGGAAUGUUUCCUGAAGUCUCUGUUUUUGCUGAAAGGGAGGCUCAUGGUUUACCGCCCAGAUGUUCCUGUGGGGAAGGGAGUGGCUCCAAAUUCUGCAACUGCACCUCUUGUGAUGUAACUUUGGACUGCAAAAAGUUACCACCCAAAGGUCACGAACUGCGACCGAAUCAUUCGGGAGAUGAGCCUCCACGCUCCAGUGACAAACUGGAAAAGAUACAGACGUUCUACUCAGAGAAAACUGUAUCUCCCAGAACACAACAGGACAGUAAAGCAGGCCAGCGCUUUAAAGACCUUCUGCUCGCCAUCGAGGACAAGACUUACGCUGGACGUCACUUGAGCGCGAUAGAAGCCACGGCUCAGUCCACUCCAUUACCACAGCUACGUCACAGAACUCUCAAAGACGUCUCGCCGAGGAAAGUGGUCUGGGCAGGGCUUAAACGUCACACUGACCUGGGGACAGGCUCCUCACCCUUUCUGGUGAACGGCCUGAAACCACCGGUGUGUUUAACCCAGAGGCAGCAGGCUCUGGUCAUCAGGAGUUUAAGACAUUCAAAAGAUAAGAGGAACACAGAAGCAGGGACAGAGAGGACGGGGGGCAUCGCGGGGACCACGGCGAAAAGGAACUUUGUUCAGUUACGGACAUCCGUUCAGCGCAAGGAGACGGACCUGAAUCUGCCUAUGCUUCCUUCUACCUUCCAGAGCAAGGACAAGAAGAGUGAGUUCCUCAGACUGGACUUUGGUUGACAGAGAGGAAGAGGAAA